UCUGAAUCAGCAUUGUGUGAUCAGCAAGAACAGAGGCAGGUCAGUAGGUAUAAAUAUGUAGAACCACAAUCUCAUAGAUCAGUCCUGCUUCCAUCUAGUACACAACAAAAUUCCUCUGGAAGCAUCUUUGCUUAAAGAAAAGGUCAUGAAGUGGUUCUCUGUAGCUGUUUUCCUCGUUGGUUUAAUGAUCUGUCUAUCAGAGUCACGUGUGGUGGAUGGCAUAAAAGAACACACUGAAGCGAACACCGAUGCAGCUCUGAGGACCAGGCGUAUGGUAGGGGGUCUCCUCACCCCUGGCCAUGUUCCCUGGCAGGCCUUGGUCUACCUCAGUGACAGCAAGCUGGAUGGAGGUAUCGGUGGAGGAGCUCUUAUUGCCCCUCAGUGGAUUCUGACCGCUGGAAGGAAUCUCUUUGUGAGGAAGACACAAAAAGAUACCAGGGGAAAAGAGCCCUUAAUCCCAAAAGUCUAUCUGGGCAUCGUCCGGCGUGCCAAAGCUGAUUCUGCUUCUGAAGUGGCAGUGAAGAAGGUGUUUCUACAUCCAGCUUUCCAGAAUGCCUCAGAUGUAGACAACGACCUGGCACUGAUCCAGUUGAAAGAACCAGUGAGCUACACUGACACCAUUUUCCCCAUUCCUCUGCCGGAGAAAGAUGACAACCUGGAGGAGAGUGAAGGACAGAGGGGCGUCAUUGCUGGUUGGGGCUGGGGACCGCUUCUCACAUUCUCUGAAAGCCUCAAGUUCCUCUCACUUCCAGUUAUCCCAGGCAACGUGAAGGAUGGUAAGAUCUGGACAAUACGCACUGAAUUCCAGGAGAAUGUUUGUUAUGGAGAUGCAGGUGGAGCUCUGGCCCUCCUUAACCCUGUUACGAAAAAAGUCUAUGCUGCUGGAAUCCUUUCAUACGAUGGGCCGUGUACAAGAAACGAGGAAGCUGUCUUUAUGAAGAUCUCGACAUACCUGCCAUGGAUCCACAGUGUGAUGAGGGCUGACUCAGACAGGUUUUCGUCUCUCCGUACCUCCAUCAUGAAUGAUUUGCUUUCAAAGUAACCAUAGACUCUUUACAGUUGUGUGUAAGAGUAAAACUGUCAAUAAAUGAAUAUAUUCAAGA